AUGCUUUUGAUUUUUGUAGUUCUGUAGUACUCAUUUGGCUUUUGUAUUGUUUAUAACUACCCUUUGGGUCGCUUUUGGCAUCAUUCUUGUUCCUUCAUAUGAAGUAAACCCAGAAAAAUUAAAAAUAAUUGUAAAGAUGCUUCUAUUUUUGAAUUGAAGCUUAGGUUAAUGGAGCACAACCCAGAAAUUUAUACUUGAAUUUUUUAUUAAGAUUACUCUCAUCUCUAUGAUUUAGAUGCCCAUUGAAGCAAAAAAGCUGUAGAUAAUGAUUUGCUAAAGUUAAAUACUUUGACUGUGAAUCCAAAUAACAUCCAAGGGAAGCAAGAAUGACAUCUGCUGACAAUGGUGAACAUCACGGUAUUGUUGAGGAUCCUAUGGGUGGUCAAGUUAAGACUCAUGUACCUCUGAAUGUUUCAACAUCUCAAAGGGGACUUGUAAGUGAUGAAAAUUCUCAGAGCCAUUUCCAGGGUACUACUCUUGCUAUUCCCAAAAGGCUAAAGUUCUUCAACUUUGGUAAUUUGGGUUCUCCAUCGGCAAAGUUUCAACAGAUAGCUGCUCAAAGAGAUGACUUUUCUCGAACUGUACCUUCAUCUAGCAGCCUUCAUCUCCGUCAACGUAUUACUAGGCUACUAUCACGGAAAUUGGAUUGGCCAGCUAUUAGGAAAAUGUGCAAAGAGUGGUUCAAAAAUCCACUGAAUAUUGUACUUUUUAUCUGGAUUGUAUGUGUAGCUGUUUCUGGUGCAAUUUUGUUUCUUGUGAUGACGGGGAUGUUGAACCAUGCCAUCCCUAAGAAAUCUCAGAGAGAUACAUGGUUUGAAGUGAAUAACCAAAUUCUUAAUGCAUUGUUUACUCUCAUGUGUCUGUACCAACACCCUCAAAGGCUACAUCACUUUGUUCUUUUAAUGCGAUGGAGGCCAGAAGAUAUUUCCAGGCUGAGAAAGGUUUACUGCAAACAAGGAACUUAUAAGCCCCGUGAAUGGACACACAUGAUGGUGGUUGUCGCAUUACUUAAUCUCAAUUGUUUUGCUCAAUAUGCUCUGUGUGGGCUUAAUUUGGGUUACAAGAGGUCAGCAAGACCAGCUAUCGGUGUAGGAAUAUGUAUCUCAGUUGCAAUUGGUGCACCUGCCAUUGCUGGAGUUUACUGUAUGCUCAGCCCUCUAGGAAAAGAUUAUGAUACUGAGUUAGACGAGGAAGCACAACUCCGAACAACAGCUGCCGAGAGCAGCAGAACUAGCCAACUGAGAAGAAAAUCAUUGGAAAAGAGAUUUUCCUUUGCAUCAGAGGAAGGGAGACUUGUUGAAACUAGACCACAAUGGAGUGGAGGCAUUCUUGAUUUUUGGGAUGAUAUUUCUUUGGCAUAUCUCUCUUUGUUCUGCAGUUUUUGUGUUUUUGGUUGGAAUAUGGAGAGACUUGGGUUUGGAAAUAUGUAUGUUCAUAUCGCAACUUUUCUUCUGUUCUGUAUGGCUCCUUUCUGGAUCUUCAAUUUGGCUGCUGUUAAUAUUGACAGUGAUACUGUCAGGGGGGUAUUAGGAGUUACUGGGAUUUUUCUUUGUUUGUUUGGGUUACUAUACGGUGGCUUUUGGAGGAUUCAGAUGAGAAAAAGAUACAAUUUGCCUCCUUACAAUACUUGUUGUGGUAAACCUUCGGUUGCUGACUGUGCACUAUGGCUUUUCUGCUGUUGGUGCUCUCUUGCUCAGGAAGUAAGGACUGGAAAUAGCUAUGACAUCGUGGAGGAUAAAUUUUGUAAGAAACUAGAUGAAAGUAUAUCACCAUUGCCUCGUGAGAAUGGGCUAUAUGAGUAUACUUCAGGUCCUCCUCUUGCAAACAACUCCUCUUCACUUCCAAUAAUAAAAAGCAGCACCCCAAGCCCCAGCAGAUUUGCAGAUGAAGUUCAUAGUCCUGAUAGUCAGCAACCCUUCGUGGAAGACAAGUCUCAUACAAGAGGUAAAAAUGAGAUAAUGAUACCACCUACUCCUUCAGUUAUACAAAGAGAAGAUGCGUAGCACAGCAGUUUUGCAGUGUUAUGACAACCUGAACUAUAAAUUGUAAGCUUGCCUGCCCAAUUUUCAUUUUAGCUAUAGGUAUGUUGUAUUUCUACAUUUUAAAUAUGUUGUACAAGUGUUGGUUGUUAUCAUCAUGUUUAGAUAUAUUAUUCUCUGUAAUAUUGUUGCAGUA